ACAGUGAGAUCAGCAUAAAGCCUCAUCACACGACCUAACGAUUCAUUGCAGCACAAACACCAUCAUCCGACCCAGACGAGACUCAAAACAAGACAUUGCUGUUUAAAAGAAGCGUUUCCGAAGUCAUGAUGCUUCUCACGCUUCUUUUCAUCUCCACGGCUGUGGCGAGUCCCCUGUUGGGUACGGAGCAGUGUGCCCGCGGUCCCCCCUACUGGUGCCAGAAUGUCAAGACUGCUUCUCUUUGUGGUGCCGUCCAACACUGCCAACAGAAUGUGUGGAGCAAGCCUCAGAUGAAAUCUGUGCCAUGUGAUCUGUGCAAAGAGGUGUUGAUGGUGGUGGAACAGCUUUUGAAGGACAAUGCCACAGAGAGCGAACUCCUUGGAUACAUGGAGAAGGCCUGUCAGCUGAUCCCUGAUGAGGGCCUGGCUAGCCAGUGCAAGGAGAUUGUGGACGACUACUUCCCCAUUCUCAUGGGAAUCAUCCAAGGAGAGCUGGAUGACCCCGGUGUGGUGUGCGGUGCCAUGGGCCUGUGUGUGUCCCAGCAGGCAGCUCUGGCUAAAGCACAGCUCAUGUCCAAUGAGAUCCCUCAAGUUGACCUGAACCAGCGUGUCAACCCCUUCCUGCUCAACAUCCCUCAGCUGCUCUACCCCCAAGAGAAAGUCAAGGAGACCCCCAAACAGAUGGAUAAAGAUGUGUGCCAGGACUGCGUUACGUUCCUCACUGACACUCAGGACGAGGCCAAAUCCAACGCCUCGUUUAUCAGCGCUCUGCUCACGCAAGUGGAGACCCAGUGUGAUCUUUUGGGACCUGGCAUGUCUGAUGUGUGCAAGCAGUACAUCAGCCAAUACGGCCCAUUGGUCUUUCAACAGCUCAUGUCUAUGGAGCAGCAACCCAAGGACAUCUGCGGUCGUGCUGGCUUCUGUCCCCUUCAGAAGAAGUCUGUGCCCAUGGAGAUGCUGAUGCCUGCCAAAUCCAUCCCUGCUGUCAAGAUGUUUCCUGCAACCAAACUUGAAACACCUGCCCUAGCCAAGCCUGCUAAGAAGCUGGUGCGAGUUCGUGACUCCCCUCAGUGUGCCAUCUGUGAGUUUGUGAUGAAGGAACUUGAGGGCAUGAUUGAGGAUCACACAUCUGAGGAAGAGAUUGUGCAGGCUGUGGAGAAAGUCUGUAAUAUUUUGCCCUCCUCGCUCACGGCUCAGUGCAAGGACCUUAUUGACACCUACGGGCAGGCCAUCAUUGAACUGCUCGUGCAGGAGGCCGAUCCCAAAACGGUCUGCUCUUUCCUCGGGCUCUGCAAUGGGGUCAGCCAUGUCCCUGUAAUGGACAAGGAGCAAUUUGAGGCAGGCGGUUUCUGUGACGUGUGUAAGAUGGCAGUGCGUUAUGUGGAUGGGAUCCUGGAGCAGAACGCCACUCAGGCAGAGAUCGAGGAUGCCGUGAGGAAGGUCUGCAACUUCCUGCCUGAUUCAGUCAGAGAUGAGUGCAACCAGCUCGUUGAGCAGUAUGAGCCUAUGCUGGUGCAGCUGAUGCUCCAGGCGCUCGACCCUGACUUUGUGUGCAUGAAGCUGGGAGCAUGUCCUGAAGCAGUGCAGAGGCUGCUGGGAUUGGAGCAGUGCAGCUGGGGGCCAGCAUUCUGGUGUAAGAAUGUGGAGACUGCUUCUCGCUGUAAUGCCUUGGACCACUGCAGGCGUCACGUAUGGAGCUAAAGGAUGAGAAGAGUGUUCCAGAACAAUCUUAGGAAACUAAAGGAGAAUUGCUGUAGCGCUGCUUUUCUUUUCUGAAAUCAAUACUUGGGGUUUUCUUUUAAAAAGUGGCAUUUGUAAUUGAUCUGUCACCGCUAAUUUAACAGCCUUGUUUCAGGGGAAAGAAAGCUUUUACUGAAAGGACAUGCACACUUUUGAGGGGGCAGGGGUUUGGAGGGAGGUAAGACUGACAGGUGUAGCUAUUUGAGAAAUACUUGCACUGAAACUGGAACUUUUUUUUUUUUUUUUUUUUUUUUUUUUUUUGUGUGUGUGCGCGCUAUUGUGGGGAUUUUUAUUUUUAAAAGUGAUUUCUUUUAGUUGUACAAUGCUUCUUUAAAUAUGCACAUGCAUCUGAGCGUUUCAAUAAGUAUAUAUGGAAAUAGAUUGUGCCUUUUAAUGGAAGUGGGAGUCUGGCACCCCUGAGAAUGAAGAUGAAAUGAUUUAGGAUGCUCUAAUAUCCCUGCCUCCCUCUUUAACUGCAAAUACACAUGCAAGGCCAGUGAUUUAAACUUUUAUUUUUUAAUGGGUGAUAUUUUGGUCCUAAUGGAUCUUGAUUCUCUAACUUUGUCACUUUGUCGGUUAUUAAUGAGCUAAUGGGGAAAGUUAUGUUGACAUUCUUCAUUUGAUCCACUAAUUGUUGCCCCUCACUGAAUGAUCAGUCACUGCUCCCUAAAUGUUGAUAAAUGUCCAAUUUUAUCCUCGUGCUUCACACUGUUAUGACUGAGCCUUUGUUUUGUUUUUUUAAAAAUUAAAAUUAAAUUCCAAACCCA